CUCUCUUUUAAAAAAAAGAUUUUGUUUUCCUUGCCAAUUUAAGAAUUAAACUUCUCCCCCACCGCCUUCCAGUUCGUGUCCUGCCCAGCUGUGUUUCUGCAGAAGGGGGUAUUUUCUUCCCCGCUUGCAAGGGCACACCCCCCGCCGCCCCAACUCCCCUCCCCUCCCGCCUGCCCAAUGUGGAUUCGGAACUUCCCUCGCCGUCUGCGUUCUCCUGCAGCAGUCCUGUCCCGGCGCACCGGGAGGAGCGGGCCCUCUUGAGCGGAUGGAUUACCGGGCUCUCAGCGUGCUGGCGUGCCUGGGCUUCCUGCGGCUGCCCGCGGCCUCGGCGCAGGGCAAGGAGCCCUCGCAGGGGCGCUUCAAGGUGGUCUUCACCCCGACCAUCUGCAAGAGGACGUGCAUGAAGGGUCACUGCCAGGACAGCUGCAAGAGAGGCAACACCACCACCCUGAUCAGCGAGAAUGGACAGGCGGCGGACACCCUCACCGGCUCCGGCUUCCGAGUGGUCGUGUGCCCGCUGCCCUGCAUGAACGGCGGGCAGUGCACCUCCCGCAACCGCUGCCAGUGCCCGGCGCACUUCACCGGCAAGUUCUGCCAGAUCCCCGCCAGCGGCAAGGCCCAGCACGUCCAGCAGCCCGCCCCGGCGGAGCAGCCGACCGACAAGACUGCCGAGACCUACAAGCACUCGGUUUUCACCCUCCAGCUCACGCCCGACGAGCACACCUUGGCCAAGUUCAUCCCGGGCAUCCCAUACUCAGCGCAGCUCCAGCCGGUCAUUAACCUCCACGUGCGCCACCCUCCGGAAGCCACUGUCCAGAUCCACCGCGUCUCCACCAUCGACGGCCACCUGGGCGAGCAGAAGGUCCUGACGCCCGUGCAGAAGGUCAACCACUACCCCCCAAGGACCCUCCCCACCUCCCAGAAGAAGCUGGGGCGCUGCUUCCAGGAAACCCUGCCAAAGACGUGCAGUAACCCGCUGCCAGGCCUGACCAAGGAGGAGGACUGCUGCGGAAGUGUGGGGGCCUCGUGGGGCUUGAACAACUGCAACAAAUGUCGACACCAGCACUAUCUGACUGACCCGAAGACUGGCUUCGGCGGCGUGGAGUGUCCCCAGGGCUACAAGCGGCUGAACACCACCCACUGCCAAGAUAUCAACGAGUGCCUGAUGCAGGGAGUCUGCCAGAACGCAGUCUGUCUCAAUACCUACGGCAGUUUCCGCUGUGCCUGCAAGCCCGGCUACGUGAUGGGGCCGUCGCGAACACACUGUGUGGUCACAGAGCUUUCCGGGGAGAAGGGCCCGUGCUACCUGCUGGUAGACUCGGAGAAGCGCUGCGCUUAUCCCCUGGGUGGGGAACUGACAAAGCAGAUCUGCUGCUGUUCUGUGGGCAAAGCCUGGGGCUCCAACUGCGACCCCUGCCCCAUCUCUGGCACCGCAGAGUUCCACGAGACGUGCCCGGCGGGCAUGGGCUACCAGUUCUCCAGCUCCCACCAGAAGAUCAGCAUCCCGCCCGGCAAAAGCAUCACGGUGCGGAUAGGCCCUGACGGCAAGGCCCGCAUCGUCCAGGUGCCAAUCACGGGUCCCACCGGCAUCCCGCACCAGGAGAUUGACAAGGACGUCCUGGAAGCAACCACUAUCACUUUGGUGCCCACCUUCAGCCUCACGGAGAAAGUCUUCUCAUCGAGUUUCAUCCCGUUCGGAUCGAGAUUUCCGGAAUUGGAUCCUCGACCUACGACCCCGGCUGUGAAAUUGCUGCAUCCGGAGGAACCCAUGGAGUUUGGACCCUCCCAAGUCAUUGAAAUGGACACGUGCAAAGUCAACCGAGGCAUCUGCGGGCAUGGCGUCUGCGUCCACGACCCGGCCGGCUACACCUGCGCCUGCCACACUGGCUACCAGCUCCACGCCCACAUCAAGCAGUGUGUCGACGUCAACGAGUGCGACAGUAACCCAUGCGGGGCCAGGAAAGGCAAGUGUGUGAAUUCCAUCGGCACCUACACCUGCCUCUGCUAUCACGGCUUCCAGCUGCAGGAACUUCAGGAAGGGAGCACCUGUGUCGACAUCAACGAGUGCAGCGACGGCCUCCUGUGUGCCAACGGCCAGUGCCUCAACACCGAGGGCUCCUUCUUCUGCCUGUGCCAGGCCGGCUACGGGCUGCACAAGCACCAGACCUCCUGCGAAGACAUCAACGAGUGCCUCAGCCCGGGCACCUGCCCGCGGGGGGAGUGCAGGAACAAGCUGGGCACGUACGAGUGCGUUCCCUGUCCGGAGGGCUAUCGGAGCCAGGCUGGCGAGUGCUUCGAUAUCGACGAGUGCCUGGAUAGGUCUUUCUGCUUGAACGGAAAGUGUCACAACACAAAGGGCUCGUACAGUUGCACCUGCAACAAGGGCUUUCAACCCCUGCCGGACAAGAAGGGUUGCCAAGACGUCAACGAGUGCGGCAACGGGAGGCUGUGCGCCAACGGCCGCUGCCUGAACACGGAGGGGUCCUUCCAGUGUCGGUGUCGCCUCGGUUACCGCCUGUCCAGUCACAAAACCUCCUGCGAAGACAUCGAUGAGUGCCGAGAGCUGCAACACGCCUGUCUCAACGGGGAGUGCGUGAACACGCCAGGGUCCUACACGUGCCAGUGUCACCCGGGGUACCAGCUGGUCGACGGAGUCAAGUGCAAAGACAUCAACGAGUGCGCGCUGAACCGCUCUCUGUGCGGACCGUACGGCACCUGCAAGAACGUGGACGGCUCCUACACCUGCAUCUGCGACCCGGGCUUCAUCCUGUCCCCAGACGGCUCCACUUGCGAAGAACCCGAGAAGCCGGAAGGCAAGAAGGAGUGCUACCUCAGCCUCGACGACCCGAUAUUCUGUGACAGCGUCCUGGCGACGAACAUCACCAAGGAGGAGUGCUGCUGCUCGCUGGGGGCCGGCUGGGGCGACCUCUGCGAGAUCUACCCUUGCCCCGUGCACAGUACCGCCGAGUUUCACUCUCUGUGUCCGGACGGGAAGGGGUACUUGGUGGACAACGACAACCUGUUCAACACUGGCCUGCCAACCUACAGAGACAUCGAUGAGUGCACGCUGUUUGGGCAGGAGAUCUGCAAGGAGGGAUUCUGCAUGAACACGCAGCCGGGCUUCGAGUGCUACUGCAAGCAAGGCUACUACUACGACGGGUCGCUGCUUCAGUGUCUGGAUGUCGAUGAGUGCCAGGACCUCCAGAGCUGCCCCAAUGCCAGGUGCAUCAACACCAAGGGGUCCUUCACCUGCGCCUGUGUGCCGCCGAUGACCUACGACACGGUGAAGAGGCGCUGUGUGCAGCCCCUCGUCCUCAACGACCGGCCGGAGAUGGAACGGGACCUCUGCUGGAAGCGCGUCAACAAUGACCUCACGUGCAGCCACCCCGUCCUGGGGCAUCACACCACCUUCUCGGAGUGCUGCUGCCAACACGGCCUGGCCUGGGGGCUGGAGUGCCACAUCUGCCCCCCGAGGAUGUCAGCCAACUUCCCCCACCUGUGCAACGCCACUCGGUGGGUUCCAGGCCUGCGUCCGGGGCGACGCGCGGACCGGAGCCGGCGGGAGCAGCUGGAAACGUCGCAGAGCAGUGACGAUAACAGUUCCUACGACGACUCCGACGAGUGUUCCUGCAGGUACGGGCGAUGUGUGCGAGGACGGAGGUGCGACUGCUAUAAAGGCUUCCAGCGGGACAGCAGCGGGAAGUGCCGAGAUAUCAACGAAUGUCGUGAGCGACAUCACAAGGGAUCCCUCUGCAAGAACGCAAGGUGCGUGAACACCAUGGGCUCGUACCGAUGCGUCUGCUUCCAAGGUUUUGUGCCAGAACGACGCCACGGGAGAUGCAUACGGCGGAAGAUGAGCUAAAAAACCUCCGCACAGGCGCAGAACCAGAUGCAAAUUAAAACUCUCGUCCAUUUCUCUUUUUUCUUUCUUUUGGCCAGGCCGACCCUUGAAGGAACCAUGUCUCAAACGAUAACUUUGAAAAUAUUUGUUUAAUUUUUUUGGAAAGACGUGUUUAACGUUCUGAAACAAUGCAGGGGGAGGAAAAGAAGCCUUAGUUUACCAUUACCUUUGGUUGGUGGUGCUUAGUUGUCCAAUAUGUAUUUUAUAUCGAAUGAUCGUUUUAAAAGAUUUUUACACAAUUUGGUGGCUAGUUUGACCACAUCCGGAACGCUAAACCAAAGAACUCCUGAACAGUGGUGCCAUAGAUUUCUGUUUGCAGAAGAUUUGGCGAGGCAGCCACUUCCCAAUUUGAACCAAAACGAGAGUUGAAAGACGUUGGCCACGUGUUGAUAUGGUGGCAACAAAGGACGCCAUCAGCUGCCUUAUUGAGUGUACCGUUGAUAUUUUAGAGACACCGCUACAGACUGGACUGAUGAUGUAGAUACUAAUAUAGGAUAUGAAGCCACUGGCCAAUCAGUAAUAUACAGCUUGAAGGUAAAAUGGCCCAACUUUCUGCUUAAUAGAUUGACAAGGUGAAAAGUUCAAACCUCGAAAGCAUUGCUGUAGUUUUCUUAGCUGUACGUUCUUUGGAAUGUUCUAAUUUCUAAAAGACCUACCACCUACAGGUUCUGUUCUCACCAGAGAGAGAGAACAUUUUGGAGCCAUUCCAGCGUUUGCAUUCAAGGGCCACACUUCCGUCAAGAUGGUGGGGGUGGGGGGGGGAGCGUUGUGUGGACAUCAGAGACGGCUGAAUGUCUAGCAGCGCUGUAGAAGUACACACAUGCACAAGGAUUGGGCAUUUGAGAAAUGGGGACCACUUACUGAGAAAUUAUUCAAUGAACCUGUUAUGUGGAGAAUAAGAGCCAAAAGAUAUAGGAUAACACAAGAUGCUGGAGGAACUCGGCAGGUCAGCACGGAAAGGAACAGGGUCGCGGUUUCAAACCUAGUCCUUCUUCAAGUCCUGAAGACCUGACCUGCUUAGCUCCUCCAGCAUUUUGUGUGUGUUACUCUGGAUUUCUUCCAUCUCCUGUGUUAAGGAGACAGGAAGGAAGCAUGAUCAGUGAUGUAGCUCCAAAAUAUUAAUAGUCAUCACCCUCUAGGAACAUUCCCUCAAGCAUUGAAGAAAUUCGAGUAAGCUUUCAUAUAUUAAAAAAAAUUUUAAAGUCAGAAUAGUACACACAGAAACAGGCGCUUCAGCCCAUCUAGUCCAUACAAAACUAUUUAAACUGCCUACUCUCAUCGACCUGCAGUGGGACCAUAGCCCUCCAUACCCCUACCGUCCAUGUACCUAUCCAAACCUCUCUUUAAAUGUUAAAAAUCGAGCUUGCAUGCACCUCUUGCACUGGCGGUUUGUUCCUCACUUCCACGACCCUCUGAGUGAAAAUGUUUCCCCUCACAGUCCCCUUAAACUUUUUCCCUUUCACCCUUAAACCAUGACCUCAGGUUGUAGUCCCACCCAACCUCAGUGGAAAAAGCCUGCUUGCAUUUACCCUGUCCAGACUCCUCACAAUUUUGUACACCUCUAUCAAAUCUCCUCUCAAUCUUCUAAGUUCCAAGGAAUAAAGUCCGAACCUAUGCAAUCUUUGUAAAUUUUCUCUGUACUCUUCCAACCUCUGACAUCUUUCCUGCAGGUAGCUUUCUUGCACACGUUCUCCCACUAAUAAUCUUUUCCAAAUGUUUAGUUCAAUGGGUAGCCUUCCAACUACCUGUCUCUUUCCCUCAUAGCUCACAUGAGCCAUGAGAAGGUGAUUUGGUCACAGACAUGCCAAGAUGAAACUGCAGGUUACCUGCAUACCCUUUGAUAAAGCAGCUUCUUCAAAGUACAGGCCAUGCUCUGUCCAAUGUGUGCGCAACCCAAUGGACCACGCUCUUUCCAUUCUCAGUGACAAGUCACUUAAACUUAGACUGGGAGGAGUGUAUCCUGGCUGUGUUGUGGAUAUCCCCCUGCAGAUGCCUGACUGACAUACCUGUCUCACUCACUCGUGUUGAAGGCCUCUCUGCCCUCAUCUCGGAAGUGCUGGGGUACAGGCACUCUCACAACUCCCCCACCCAAAUCGAUGUGCGGUGUCACUCAGCUCUGCAAGGUUGGUAAGCAGCCUGCAAGAAUAGCAAUGCAAGUCGGUCUUGCGCAGCACACUCUGCUCCCAUAUCUUACCCUCCCUAACACUGGGCUAUUGGGAAUGCGUUGGAAUUCCACUUGGGAAUGACUGAGAGAAGAGUACGAGACACAAGAGGCAGCCAAUCAAAAAUGACAAUCAAGAACAGCGUAAAUGUCAAAUAUUUAUUUUAAUAGAUGUCUUUUUUUUUUAAAGUUUUGAUAGAUUUGCAAUAAACUUUUUAUCUACGCGAUCUCUAUGGUUUUAGUGCUCCAGUAUAGGAUCAGUCCAUUUUUUUUUUUAAAAAGUGCUGUACAAUUAAUGGAAGGCUGUAUCCACCCACAGACGAGCUGUACUGUGCAACUGGAAUCCAUAAAGCACCGGCUGGAUACAGGCUCCGACUGGGUCUUUUAUUCUGAGGCGAACAUCGCACACAGAUUUGAGUCUUAGUGCAGGGUGGUCACCAAAAGGGAAAAGUGCUAGAGAAUUCUCUUGGCUUCGCCACGAAUCUUGCUGGAAAUCUGGAGAGGAGGCACUGGGGGGGGGGGGGGGAGUUCUAUUAGUCCGGCCUCCCCAAAGCCGGCUGUUUGCCCAAAGGUUUUA